AUGAUGAUGAUGAUGAUGAUGAUGAUAACGAGGAGAAGGAAGAGGAGAAUGAGAGCGGAACAAUGUGAUUUGGAUUGGAUAACAGCGGUUGGAACCCUUUUCUUAAAUGAUGAUGAUGAUGAUGAUGAUAACGAGGAGAAGGAAGAGGAGAAUGAGAGCGGAACAAAAGAGACGAGAAAGAAGAAUUGGAGGAAGAAGAGCAGACGAAAGGAAAAGGUUGAGAAGGAGGAGAGAGAGAGUGAAGAGGAGGAUGAUGAUGGUGGUAAUUAUGAUGGUAAUGAUAAUGGUGUAGAGGGGGAUGAUGGUGGUAAUGGUAAUGAAGAUGGUGAUGGUGAUGGUGAAGAGGGUGAUGAUGGUAAUGAUGAUGAUGAUGGUGAUGGUGAAGAGGAGGAUGAUGGUGAUGGUGACGGUGUAGAGGAGGAUGAUGGUGAUGGUGAAGAGGAUGAUGAUGGUGAAGAGGAGGAUGAUGGUGAUGGUGAAGAGGAUGAUGAUGGUGAAGAGGAGGAUGAUGGUGAUGGUGAUGGUGAAGAGGAUGAUGAUGGUGAAGAGGAGGAUGAUGAUGGUGAUGGUGAAGUUGAGGAUGAUGGUGAUGACGAUGGUUAUGGUGAAGAGGAGGAUGAUUGUGGUGAUGGUGAUGAGGAGGUAAAUUAUGAUGGUGAAGAGGAUGAUGAUGGUAAUGAUGAAGUGGAUGAGGAUGAUGGUGGUUAUGAUGAUGGUGAUGUUGAUGAGGAAGAGGAGGCAUCAUGA